CCCUCUGAACAUAAGCCCUCAAAACCUUCCACUGAAAAAAACUCAAAAUCCACUAAGCAUUCCCAAAAUGUCUUAUGUCCAUCUGAAAUUGCACAAGAUACCUUUUCCUUAUUUUCUGUCCUGAAAUGACGAUUUUCUCUGGUUUCAAGCAAAAUAAAGUUUUUUUUACUAAAAUUAAGCUCUUUUUCAUUUUAUGUUACAAAUAAAUCAUAAUUUAUUUCAAUAUUUCAUUAAUUUUUGGCAUUUUUUGUUAAGAUUUUGCCAAUUUGUAUAUAAUUUUGUAUCCUCAAAUGUCCGUCCUUAAAUGUCCGUCCUCAAAAAUCCGUCCUCAAAUGUCCGUCCUCAUAUGUCUGUCCUCAAAAGUCCGUCCUCAUAUGUCUGUCCUCAAAUGUCCGUCCUCAUAUGUCUGUCCUCAAAUCCGGCAAUAGCUGCUUUACUUGUCCAAACUCCUUUCUUGGAAGUUGAAGUUGGGGAACUAAUAUUUGACGGAUAUGCUGACCCUUUUAUUGAUCAAGUUUGUUCGUUGCCGUUUGUUAAUUUUGUUUGUGAACAAAUACUUGAAUUGCCUGACAGAAUUGGGCUUUUUUAUAAGAAAAAUGGUACGUCAACCGGUGUUUUUGAAGUGGAAGAUGGACACAAAGAUAAUGGAGAGAGUUUGGGAAGAAUAAUUACAUGGAACAACGGGACAUCUUUGCCUGAAAGUUGGUGGGAAUCGCCACAAUCACUUCGAAUUGAAGGAACCGAUGGAACUUUAAUGCCUCCAUAUGUAAGCAAAACUGAUGUAAUACCAGUUUUUGUAGCUGAAUUAACAAUCGAUUUGGUUUUUCAAAAAGAAGUUGAAUAUGCUGGGGUACCUCUCUAUCGUUUUAUAAUGCCAAAAGAUGCCUGGGAUUGGAAUUUGCCGUCAAAUAAGGGAUUUUGUAAAUCAAAAACAGGAAAGAGAAUAUUUAAAGAACAAAAUUCUGAUUGUUUACCUGUUGGAAUGUUGGAUGUUAGUAGAUGUCAAAUUGGAGAGCCUCCAAUUGUUAUUUCUCAACCAAAUUUUCUUUAUUCUCCAAAUUAUGUUCAGCAAUCUAUUGAAGGCAUUCAAUUCCCACCAAUUCAAGAACGUGACCAAAUUGAGAUUGAUGUAGAGCCUAGAUUGGGUACAAUAAUUCAAGCACAUCGAAGAUUUUUGAUAAGUAUAUCUAUGUGGAAAGGAGCUAAUCUUUCUUUGAGUGAACUUGUCAAUUUUCGUAGCAGCGUAGUUCCUGUGCUUGAAAUUGAUGAAUAUAUUCAUGUGGAUGAUGACAGUCUCGAUUUGAUAAAAACAAAACUUCUUUUGGUAGAAAAAUCAGCUCAAGUUGGUUCAAUCUGUUUUAUGGCUAUUUCUUUAAUGGUGAUAUCUGCUGUUUUGGCUUUUGUUUUUUACAGGAAAUGCCGUCGUAGCAGAUCCACUAAAAGGCAUCUUUCAAAUGGACGUGCCAUUAUUUCCCCAACUCCGUUAGCUAUUCCAAAUGGCCAUCAAACAUUUGUCCAAUCUAGUUUUUGACGUUUUUUAAGUAUUUUUAAUUGCCUUGUUUCAUUUGUAUUGUCGCUCAAAAAAAUAGACUUUUAGUUUUUUAGAUCUUAUUUGAAAACAGCAAAUUAGUGGAGGGUUAUAUUACGUGGGCGAUCAAUUCCUUUCGAGAAGCUGAGUUCCUUUUAUCUGGAAGACGAAAACUUACAGAGAUGUAGGCUCCUGAAAAUUGAAAAACCAUAAUUUUAGGAGUGAAAAAUUCAAUUCAAGCUGAUGUGAGUCGAAUGGUACAAAAAUCAACGUGAUCUGACUUGGUAGGGCCGAGUUACAGGCCCACGCGCAUUGAAACCUCAUAGGUGUGAUUAGUGGUCAGAAAUUCGAGUAUGCAAAUAUUAUUUGAAGGAGCUUGUCGCUCAUUUGAUGGAGCUUGUCGAGCCGAGUCGAAUGAGCUAUAAGGUAAAAAAAUCGAAUUUUUCACC